CAAAACAAACUCGGGAUGAGGUGCACUCGGGCAGCAUCGAAGCAGGGAAAUAAAUGCAAAGCAAGCAUCAGAGCCAGAGGAGGAGCGGUUGCUAGGCGGAGCAGCAGUGGAACCUCGCCUUCGGUCAGAGAGUCCGCCCAGACGCGAAGAGGCGCUAGCGAGGCGAGCGUGAGCCUAAACUUGACGCGCAGCCGGCCGCUUCCGCUUCCUGCUCUGCUGAACACGGCGUGGGAAAGAUGCCCUUUCCACGGAGCGUUGCUUCUGCGUGAGCGCCGCUGCGCUUCCAUCGGUGCAGGGAGAAAUUGAUCGCGCCGCUGGAGUUUGGACGGGAAGCAGGUGGUGCACCUCCCGGUGGGUUGGAGACACGUGAAGCUGCUGGUUAGCCAAAUUGAGUUCCAAAGUGUAAGAACACCAAAAUGUCUGUUCUACGGGGGAAAGGAUCAGCUCGUAAAUCCAAACAAAUUGUGAAAACAUCUUUGAACAACCCGUAUAUUCCACAAUGGUGUACACUACCAGGAGAGGAUAUGCAUUUUGUCUUGCAGGCCUUGGAAGGAGUCAUUAAGCAGAUUGGGUUUAAAAAGAUAGAGGAUCGGAAGAGAAUGAAACCCACUUCCAGCAAAAGGCGAAAGAAGGAAGAAUGUUGCAAUCUUCCGAGCAAAGUUAAUGAGGACAAAGGGGCCGAUGACCCAAAAGCACAUGGGUGGUCCGAUGUGCAAAUCAGGAACCAGCUUGCUAUUGGGAUAAAUGAAGUAACUAGAGCUUUAGAAAAAAAUGAAUUGUCUCUUAUACUGGUAUGCAAAUCUGCCAAACCUGCCUUGCUAACAUCUCAUCUGAUUCCACUCAGUGCAAGUCGAGCUAUCCCAGCUGGGCAAGUUCCACGUCUCAGCGAAACAUUAGCCCCAUUGCUUGGAUUAACAUCUGUGCUGGCUUUGGGGUUUAAAAGAACUGCUGAUGUGUUUGCAAAGGUACUUGAAGUAAUUAUUCCACGAAUUCCUAGUUUAGAUCUGCCAUGGAUGCAGCAUGGAACUGAACCACUUUUAGUAAGUGAUACUGAUGUUAUGACAGCUUCAGCUACCAAAUUCACUGAGUCUACCCCAGUAGGCAGCUCUCUGAGUCACAAGUGGAAACUAGCAGAGAACAGCCUACUCGCUUCCCCUACCAUAGCUCUUCAGACACUUAAAGUUAAAAAUGUUGUUCCCAAUCCAAAAAAAUGUCGCAAACUUCCCAAAACUAAAAAACGUAUUUCAAAGUAAUGUUGAUUUCUAGUUUGCAUUUCCAUUUGCCCAAACUAUGAUGUGUAAUAAUGUCAUAUCACUGAAAACAUUUUUUGCAAAUUAGUUUUGAAUUUGAACUGAAACUAGCCAUCUGAUUUUUUUUUUAAAUGUACCCAUCUAGAAGGGGCUGCUUAAUAUAUUUAAUGCUUAAAAAAUAGUUUCCUUUUUUUCCAUUGUUAUUUCUUCCCCUUAUUUUUUAUUUUAUAUUUUUCUUCUGCCUUCCCUUAACUAAUUUCUAGCCAGUGAAUAGCUAGGAGAAAUGUGUUCAUGUAUGCCAACAAAAAAAAUAGUUCAUUGUAUAAAUAGCCUGUUGUUCUAAGUGAUUUUUAUUAAGAAUUAUGAAUUCAAUAAAUAUAAUUUAUUUA